AUGGACGGCACAGAAAUCAUAGAAACCCCAGGGGUGCACCAGAUUCCGACUUCAGACACAAAUACAGACGUCAUAACGAGCAGUGCCGCCGCGCUGCAGCAACUCAACAACUCGCUCCUGAACGGAAAUAACUCGCCACACAAUUUCAACGGCUCCAACAGAACGAACGAUAGUCAAGGAAAUACCGACGCAAACGGCAACUUUACGUACGUCAUGUUGAACUCGCAAGGUCAAGGAGAACGGAAUCUGACGCAGAUUAUUCCACGGGCGAAUUUGGACAUCUACAACAGCCAAAUGUCGCUGCAAUCAAACUCGAACCGCGCGUAUCAACCCGAUAUUGGCAUCAAGAAAGAGUUUACGUCCAACUCAUUUCAGAUUCAGAAGGAUAUGGCAAGAAGGCAGCAGCACAACGAAGUGGAAAGGCGGAGAAGAGACAAGAUCAACACAUGGAUAAACAAAAUCUCCAAGGUCGUGCCUGACUGCUCAGAUGAUCACACAAAACAAGGACAGAGCAAGGGAGGAAUCCUGGCGAAAGCGUACGAGUAUAUUUUGGAGCUGCAGACAAAGAUUUCGACCUCGUGCCAAAAUACAUACGACAAAGAGGAUGUCGAGCAGCUGAUAGACGAGAGGAACAGAUACAAGAGAGAGGCGGACAAGCUGAGAAUAGAACUGCAGCAGUACCAACGAGCGCUGGAAGAAAAGGGUUGGACCGUCCGGCGCGUUGACGACACCGACGACUAG